AUGAUUUACAAGUGGUGGCACGUAUUUGUGAGGCGUAGGACUAAACCUAUUCCUGCAGAUACAGCUUUAUUAUGGAAACGCCGACUAAGUGUGGCCUACGCGGUAUUUGCAUGGAAUGCGUUUGGGUUAGUUGUUUACAGCUUUUACCAAGGUAAAGCUGAUUGGGCACAUUAUUAUGGACUGAAAACAGAUGAAGAACACUCAACUCCACCAGGGCAAGCCUGGGCCAAGACUCUUGGGAUUAAAAAUGCCAAAGUGUACAAAAUAUCUGGUUUUACUAAGGUUGGAGAGUAUGAUAUUGUUGAGGGAGAAGCAGCUCAGAGUGACCAGAAAAACGAGCCUGAAACCAAGGAUGAAGAAAUGCUUAAUGACUAA